AAAUUUUACGAAUAAUAUGUAACAACGUCGCCAUAUUGUCAUGUCAGGUUUGUAGUGGUGAAAAGUGAUUUGUGAAUAAUAAUUGUGAAUGCAUUUGGAAAAAACAGCAAUUUAAGGCAGGCCUAUAUUAAAAGUAUUGCCUGCGGCUUAAAAACCUAAGGCGCAGGGUGCAUCAUUGCAUCCGUUGAAACAUGAGCUAUCAGAUACCAUCAUCACAAAGCCGGACAAUGUCGCACAGCAAUUAUGGUGGAUCUGAUGUGCCUAUGGCCCCAAGUAAGGAGCAACAGACUCUCAUGUGGCAACAGAACUCUUACUUGGUGGAUUCUGGUAUCAACUCUGGGGCUGCUACUCAGGUGCCAUCACUCACUGGGAAGGAAGAUGACGAAAUGGAAGGAGAUCAACUUAUGUUUGACUUGGACCAAGGAUUUGCACAGGGGUUCACUCAGGAACAAGUUGAUGAUAUGAACCAACAGCUAUCGCAGACCCGCUCCCAGCGUGUCCGUGCUGCAAUGUUCCCUGAAACGUUGGAAGAGGGUAUUGAGAUACCUUCGACUCAAUUGGACCCAGCUCAACCGACUGCUGUCCAACGUUUAUCUGAGCCAUCACAGAUGUUGAAGCAUGCUGUGGUUAACUUGAUUAACUAUCAAGAUGAUGCUGAUUUAGCGACUAGAGCAAUCCCAGAGUUGAUAAAACUCCUUAACGAUGAAGAUCAGGUGGUCGUGUCUCAAGCUGCCAUGAUGGUCCACCAGCUCUCCAAGAAAGAAGCGUCUCGUCACGCCAUCAUGAACUCUCCACAAAUGGUGGCCGCUUUGGUCAGAGCCAUUUCGAACAGCAACGACCUGGAGACCACCAAGGGAGCCGUGGGGACCCUGCACAACUUAUCUCACCAUCGCCAAGGUCUGCUGGCCAUCUUCAAAAGUGGAGGAAUACCGGCUCUGGUGAAGCUUUUGAGCUCGCCGGUGGAAUCGGUCCUGUUCUACGCCAUCACCACCCUCCACAACUUACUCUUACACCAGGACGGUUCCAAGAUGGCCGUGCGUUUGGCCGGCGGGCUGCAGAAGAUGGUCGCUUUGCUUCAGAGGAAUAACGUGAAGUUCCUGGCCAUCGUGACGGAUUGUCUGCAGAUUCUGGCCUACGGAAACCAGGAGUCGAAGUUGAUUAUUCUAGCGUCUCAGGGACCCAUCGAAUUGGUGCGAAUCAUGCGCUCCUAUGACUAUGAGAAGCUGCUGUGGACUACUUCGAGAGUGCUUAAGGUGCUCUCCGUGUGCUCGAGCAACAAGCCGGCCAUAGUGGAGGCCGGAGGCAUGCAGGCCUUGGCCAUGCACCUGGGCAACCCCAGCGGACGGCUGGUGCAGAACUGUCUUUGGACUUUGAGAAAUCUGUCCGAUGCCGCCACUAAGGUCGACGGACUGGAACAACUGCUGCAAGGCCUGGUGCAAGUGCUGGCUUCCACCGACGUGAACAUCGUCACGUGCGCCGCCGGAAUCCUCUCCAAUCUGACGUGCAACAACCAGCGCAAUAAGGUGACCGUGUGCCAGGCGGGAGGCGUGGACGCGCUGGUGCGCACCGUGGUGUCGGCCGGAGACCGCGAGGAGAUCACGGAGCCCGCCGUCUGCGCGCUUCGCCACCUCACCUCGCGGCACGUGGACAGCGAGAUGGCGCAGAAUGCCGUGCGCCUGCACUACGGCCUGCCGGUGAUAGUGAAGCUCCUGCAGCCGCCUUCCCGUUGGCCCCUGGUGAAGGCCGUGGUGGGCCUGGUGCGCAACCUGGCCCUCUGCCCCGCCAACCACGCCCCGCUCAGGGAGCACGGGGCCGUGCAUCACCUGGUCAGGCUUCUGCUGCGCGCCUUCAACGACACGCAGAGGCAACGGGGCUCGGUGUCGGGCAGCACGGGCCCGGGCAACGCCUACGCUGACGGAGUGCGCAUGGAGGAGAUCGUGGAGGGGGCCGUGGGGGCCUUGCACAUCUUGGCCCGCGAGGGGCUCAACCGCGCCCUCAUCCGGCAACAGAACGUCAUCCCCGUCUUCGUGCAGCUGCUCUUCAACGAGAUCGAGAAUAUACAGCGCGUAGCGGCCGGCGUGCUCUGCGAGUUGGCGGCGGACAAGGAAGGCGCCGAGAUGAUAGAGGCCGAAGGGGCCACCGCCCCCCUCACGGAGCUGCUGCACUCGCGGAACGAAGGCGUGGCCACGUACGCGGCCGCCGUGCUGUUCCGCAUGUCGGAGGACAAGCCCCACGACUACAAGAAGCGCCUGUCCAUGGAGCUGACCAACUCGCUCUUCAGGGACGACCACCAGAUGUGGCCCAACGACCUGACCAUGCAGCCCGAUCUGCAGGACAUGCUGGGUCCGGAGCAGGGCUACGAGGGCCUUUACGGGACGAGGCCGUCCUUUCACCAACAAGGCUACGACCAGAUCCCGAUAGACUCGAUGCAGGGCUUGGAGAUCGGCAGCGGUUUCGCCAUGGAGCUGGACGUCGCCGAGGGCGAAGGGGCCUUCCCCCAGCCCCCGCUGGACAACGCCAACGUGGCCGCCUGGUACGACACCGACCUCUAGGCGGACCCCGACCCCGACCCCCACCCCCGCCGCUCCUCGGUGCUAUUUCCCUCGAGACCGCAUUCGAUCGCCCGAGCCCCGCGCGGCCCCCGUGCGAUCGGAGAAUAGGGUAACUAGACGUAACUUUCGUAGGCUUUAAUAUUAGUUAAGUUCCGCAUUUACCGACAGGCGUAGACUUCUGUCUGAGGACGC